GGGGCGGCGCCUGCGCGAUGCGCGCACGCUGCGAGGCCGGGGCCGGAGCCGCUUCCUUCAGCGCGGGGCGGCGGGGCCGGCGGGGGGUGCAGCGCUCUUCUUCCCUCCCCCUCCCCGCCGCUACCCCGCAGCGCCGCCGGUUCCCGGGCGCUGAUUGGUUGAGGAGAGGCGGGUGCCUACGUCAGACUGCUGCCGCUGACGCCACGGGGGGCUCGCUGAGGCUGAGCGGGAAGAGGCGCGGCGAUGAAGAACCAGGGCGGGGAGACCAAGGCGGCCCCGCGGCCCGCAGCCUCCUCCAAAACGAGCGGCGCGCUGGGGCUGGAGGAGAGCGACCCGGCCGAGCCCACCGCGGCGCUGGAAGCUCCUCUCGCACAGGAGGACACAAAGUCCUCCCGGCCUGCCGUGCGUGAUGUCUCUGAAGAGCUAAGCAGACAGCUUGAGGACAUCUUGAACACAUACUGCGUGGAUGCCAGCCAGGAGGGUCCGGGCGAGGACGGCGGGCAGAGUGAGCCCGCAGAGCCUGAGGAAGUGGAGAAGUGUCGCAGUGAGUCCCCGAGGAACGGAGAACAGGAGUCAGGCAGCCCCGAGAUGAAUGGGGAGAAGGAAGGCACGAAGGGGACUGAAGAGUUUCGACCUGGAGAGGAGUGUGGGGAGCGGGAUCAGAAGAAAGCUCAGGAAAAGAAGAAAGCUAAGGGCCUGGGCAAAGAAAUUACUUUGCUGAUGCAGACCUUGAACACCCUGAGCACACCAGAGGAGAAACUGGCAGCACUGUGCAAGAAAUACGCUGAGCUGCUGGAAGAGCACCGUAACUCCCAGAAACAGAUGAAGAUUUUGCAGAAGAAGCAGACACAGCUGGUGCAAGAGAAGGACCACCUGCAGAGUGAGCAUAGCAAGGCCAUCCUGGCCCGCAGCAAGCUGGAGAGCCUGUGCCGUGAGCUCCAGAGACACAACCGCACCCUCAAGGAGGAGGGUGUCCAGCGAGCACGGGAGGAAGAGGAGAAACGGAAGGAGGUGACGUCCCACUUUCAGGUGACCCUGAAUGACAUCCAGCUCCAGAUGGAGCAGCACAACGAGAGGAACUCCAAGCUGCGCCAGGAGAACAUGGAGCUCGCAGAGCGGCUCAAGAAGCUCAUUGAGCAGUAUGAGCUGCGGGAGGAGCACAUUGAUAAGGUGUUCAAACACAAGGACCUGCAGCAGCAACUCGUGGAUGCCAAGCUCCAGCAGGCACAGGAAAUGCUGAAGGAAGCAGAGGAGAGACAUCAACGGGAAAAGGACUUUCUGCUGAAGGAAGCUGUGGAAUCACAGAGGAUGUGUGAGCUGAUGAAGCAGCAAGAGACUCAUCUCAAGCAGCAGCUGGCUCUCUACACAGAGAAGUUUGAAGAAUUCCAGAACACCCUUUCCAAAAGCAGUGAAGUGUUCACAACAUUUAAGCAGGAGAUGGAGAAGAUGACAAAAAAGAUUAAGAAGCUGGAGAAGGAGACCACGAUGUACCGUUCCCGCUGGGAGAGCAGCAACAAGGCUCUCUUGGAAAUGGCUGAAGAGAAAACCCUUCGGGAUAAAGAGCUGGAGGGGCUUCAGGUGAAAAUCCAGCGCUUGGAGAAACUGUGCCGAGCCCUGCAAACAGAGCGCAACGACCUCAACAAGAAGGUGCAGGACCUGUGUGCCCACGUGCCCCGGGCAGACGUGGACCUGACAGAGCCCCUGAAGGACACAUCCCGGGAGGGCUCCGAGGCAGCAGCCGGAGGUGCCCCAGCAGAGCAGCGUCUGGCUGAGGACUGCCUUCACUCGGGAAAGCCAACACACAGCACAGAUCCUGCAGAAAGCCUUGGAGAACUGAGCAUAGGAGCCCUGGGGCAGAGUGGGACUGAGGAAGGCACUCAGGGCACCGACUGAGCCUGCUACGUGGUAGGCGGAAGUAGGGCGAGGGAGGGUAGCAUGAAUGUUUCCAGGCUCCAUCUGAAGCUCCUCUCCUGGUUCUUGGACAGGUGCAAGAGGACGGCCCUCCUUGGGCUAUGAAAUUUCCUAGCUUAGGUUUUUGGAAGGUUUUUAAAAUUUUAUAUAUAUAUAUAUAUAUACACAUAGGUGAUGUGUGUGUGUGUGUAUAUAUAUACAUGAUACAUAAAAUAUGUGCAGGGCAACAUACACUUUAUAUAUGAAUAUAUAUGAAACCUAGAAUGACCCACCUCCCUGCGUGUGCGUGAAUAACUAAUAUAUGGAGACUCAACUGAUUGUCCCUUUCACUAAAAGACCUUGUCAUUGGCAGGCUGCGACUCCCCUAAAAUGUAGUGCAGCACAGGAAGGCAAGGGCACGGAUCAGCCCUAGCCCUCCAGCUCAUGGCACCAGGACAGUGGGACAUGUCGCUUCCUCCACCUUCACGGCGAUGCUCUCUCAUUGAGUGAAAGCAAAAGAGCUGAGCAAGGGAAAACACAAGCAUUUCCCAGCGCUGGAUUCUCCCUCCCUGCUCUGCAUCAAGCAGGAGGUAGCUCCUGGACUUGCUGUUGCUUUCUCAUGCUCUGGCUGGCAGCUCUCUCUCGAGCAACACAGUCCGGUUCCCUUCUUGUAUGGGUUUUAUGUAUUGAAUGGGGACGGAAAAGCAGAGAAACUGGGGACACCUGGUUUGCCCAGGCCUCCUGCAGGGCCUUUGCUCUUCCUUGAACCUGCCAAUGUUUCAAUAGCCUUAUGAUUCACAGUUGCCUCUUUGCUAUACGCACAUGUGCACAAGUAUAUUAAACAGUUAAUCCAAA